ACUGCACACUGCGCACAACCAAUACAUCGCACGUCAUCACACUGCACGAACGCCAACCAUCAGCAUGAGCGAAGACAACAAGAGCAGCAAGCGGCGGGGCUUCCGCUUCUCCAUCGACCGUGGUGGCACGUUCACGGACGUGUAUGCGGAGCUGCCCAAUGGCGAGCGCACGGUCAUGAAGCUGCUGUCAGUGGACAGCGGCUACGAGGACGCGCCCACUGAAGCCAUUCGACGCAUCCUGGAGAAGCACACUGGCAAGCCCCAUCCCAAAGGGGAGCCCAUUGAUACGAGCAACAUCGAGUCCAUUCGCAUGGCCACCACGGUUGCCACCAACGCCCUUCUCGAACGCAAAGGGGAGCCCAUUGCACUGGUCAUCACCAAGGGCCUGCGCGACCUGCUGCACAUUGGCAACCAGUCGCGCCCAAAGAUCUUUGACCUGAAGAUUGAAGUGCCAGAAGUGCUCUACUCGCAGGUUGUGGAAGUGUCGGGGCGCGUCAUCCUGUGCGAAGACGGCGAAAUCGAAUCUGUCACUGGCGAGCACCUGAAGGAGGAGAGGCCCCUUGAUCUUGAUGAGGUCCGGCGUGACCUGCAGACCGUGUACGACGCCGGCAUUCGCAGUCUUGCCGUUGUGCUCAUGCACUCCUACCUCCACAGCACACACGAGCAGCAAGUGGGCAAGAUUGCGCAAGAGAUUGGCUUUGAGCACGUGUCGCUCUCCAGCGAGGUGAUGCAGAUGUCUCGCAUUGUUCCUCGCGGCUACACGGCCUGUGCAGACGCCUACCUCACCCCAUGCAUCAAGCGCUACAUUGCGUCAUUCUCUUCCGGCUUCAAGAACAACCUGGAGGGCGUGAGCGUGCUCUUUAUGCAAUCUGAUGGCGGCCUCACGCCCAUGGAGAGCUUUGUUGGCUCGCGCGCAAUCGUGUCUGGCCCUGCCGGUGGCGUUGUUGGCUAUGCCCUCACCGCAUACGACACCGACAAGAAGCAGCCUGUCAUUGGGUUCGACAUGGGUGGCACAUCCACAGAUGUGUCGCGAUAUGGCGGCGUGUACGAGCACGUGUUUGAGACGGUGCUUGCAGGCAUCAUGAUCCAGGCUCCGCAAAUGGACAUCCAAACCGUUGCCUCUGGGGGCGGGUCGCGGUGUUUCUUCCGCAGCGGGCGGUUUGUUGUCGGCCCGGAGAGCGUUGGGUCUGAGCCUGGUCCCGUUUGCUACCGCAAGGGUGGCCACCUCGCCAUCACGGACGCUAACCUCGUGACUGGGCGGCUGAUCCCGGACGACUUCCCCAAGAUCUUUGGUCCAAACUACGAUCAGCCACUCGAUGUUGACGCCUCCCACAAGGCAUUUGAGGAGCUGACCGAGGAAGUGAAUGCGUAUCUGAAGGAAGCGCAAGGCAGCAGCUUCAAGCCACUCAGCAAAUAUGACGUUGCGCUUGGGUUUAUUCGGGUGGCAAACGAGGCCAUGUGCCGGCCCAUCCGCUCUCUCACGCAGUCGAAGGGCCACAACAUCGCCAAUCACGUGCUGGCGUGUUUUGGCGGCGCUGGUGGGCAGCACGCGUGUGCCAUUGCCCGCUCGCUCGGCAUGACCCGCAUCCACGUCUCAAAGUACUCUGGCAUCCUCUCAGCGUAUGGGCUUGCCGCUGCGGAUGUGGUGAAGGAGGAGCAGCAGCCGAGUGCCGCCAUUUUCAAACCGGAGAACAACGCAUCCCUGUGGAAGACACUAGGCGAGCUCACAGCCAAGGCCGUGGAUGCCUUGAAGGAGCAAGGGUUUGCCGACGACAAGAUUGUUGUCGAGCCGUUCCUGAACAUGCGCUACCACAAGACCGACUUUGCCAUGAUGAUCUGCCCCUCUGAGCUCGUGCGCGUGUCCCCGCGUGUGGUUGAGGGCGAGGAAGAGCAAAUUGGCCUCUUCCGCGAAGCAUUUGAGCAGCGGUACAAGCGGGAGUUCAGCUAUAUCAUCCGCGAUCGCGACAUCAUUGUUGAUGACGUGCGUGUUCGCGCCACGGGGGUGACCGUCUAUCCAAACAUUGGCGCAGCCCACGAGCGUGACGGCCCGCUCAAGCCCCAUCGCCACAACCCGGUUGUGUUUGAUGACGCAAAGCCUGUCGACACCCCCGUGUACAACCUUACGGACCUCUGUCUGAGCGAUGAGGUCCACGGCCCUGCUGUGAUCUGUGCAGAUACCAGCACCAUCCUUGUUGAGCCAGACUGCACCGCCAAACUCCUUCCAACCGCAGACCUCGAAAUCAUCAUCGGCGAGGGAAAGCCAAAGGAUAUCACGACAGAGCUUGAUGUUGUGCACUUGUCUGUGUUCCAGCAUCGCUUCAUGACAAUUGCAGAGCAGAUGGGCCGCGCACUCGAAAACACAGCCAUCUCAACCAACAUCAAGGAGCGGCUUGACUUCUCGUGCGCCAUCUUCAGCUCGGACGGGCGCCUAGUGGCGAAUGCGCCGCACAUUCCCGUGCACCUUGGCGCCAUGUCUGAGGCCGUCAAGUACCAGAUCAAGUCUGUCAGCAACCUCAGCCCCGGCGAUGUGCUCGUGAGCAACCACCCAGCCGCUGGUGGGAGCCACCUGCCCGACAUCACCGUGAUCACGCCCGUGUUCCGUGACGGCCACGAUGAGCCGCUCUUCUGGGUCGCCAGCCGCGGCCACCACGCCGACAUUGGCGGCAUCACGCCUGGAUCAAUGCCUCCGACAUCAAACUUGCUCGUGCAAGAGGGCGCGGCCAUCAAGAGCUUCAAGCUGGUUGAGCACGGCGAGUUUCAGGAGCAGGGCAUCACAGAUCUCCUCAUGGAGCCAGCAAAGUAUCCUGGAUCGAGCGGGACCCGAAACCUCAUGGAGAACCUCGCAGAUCUUCGCGCGCAGGUUGCUGCAAACGCCCGCGGGAUUGUGCUGAUGAACGAACUGCUCGACGAGCACGGUGUCGAAGUGGUCAUGGCGUACAUGAACCACAUCCAGGAGAAUGCGGAGCUGUCUGUGCGCAAUCUGCUGAAGGAAGUUGCUGAGGAGACGCAGGAGCUGUUCGGCACAAACGAGCUGCACUGCACAGACUUCCUCGACGAUGGCACGCCAAUCUGCCUCAAGGUCACGGUUGAUGGCGAGAAAGGCGCUGCGCACUUUGACUUUGCCGGCACCGGGUGCCAGGUGUUUGGUAACCUGAACACGCCGCGCGCGGUUGUGUACUCGGGUAUCAUCUACUGCCUCCGCUGCAUGGUUGGCCACGACAUUCCACUCAACCAGGGCUGCCUCGCCCCAGUCACCGUCAACAUUCCGUUUGGGAGUGUGCUGUGGCCUGACGAUGAGGCUGCGGUUGUGGGCGGGAACGUCCUCACUUCUCAGCGCAUCUGUGACGUCGUCCUCAAGGCCUUCCGCGCUUGCGCCGACUCACAGGGCUGCAUGAACAACCUGACGUUCGGCAACGACAAGCUCGGCUAUUACGAGACAAUUGGCGGCGGAAGCGGUGCCGGCAAGGACUGGGACGGCCGCAGCGGCGUGCACACGCACAUGACCAACACGCGCAUCACAGACCCGGAGGUGCUUGAGCGCCGCUACCCUGUUGUUGUGGAGCAGUUUCAGCUGCGCAAGGGGUCCGGCGGUGAAGGGAAACACCGCGGUGGUGACGGCCUUGUCCGCGAACUCAGG